AUGUUUUUGUCAGCACUCACUGCGAUCUGUUCCGCAAUAUUGCUCGGAUUUGCGGAUGAUGUAUUGGAUUUACGGUGGCGACACAAGCUUCUAUUACCGACGCUCUCGUCUCUCCCCUUGUUGCUUGUAUAUCACGCUUGUGGUAAGUGUUGUAAUUUCAGCUCGAUGCAGUAG